CCGCAAAAAUGACAGUUCGCGAAGAAGUGACAUUUCAGUAACAUCUAAUCGCAAUUUCUCACUGGCUGAAAGUAAUAAAAAAAAAAUUAAUAUUUUUAAUUCAGUGAACGCAUUUUAAACUUUUUUUUUUGGAAAAGAAAAUUUUGCAGUUUUUACUCUCAAUAUAUUAUAGUUGCUACAAUUUUAUUAAUUGUUGGAAAGCUUUAUUUUGAUGAAACCGGUUUUCAUAUUUUACCACAAGGUAUAAUAAUUCUGACUAACCAGCCCACCAUACCUCCAGAGACCAAAAAGAAAAAAAAAAGAAAAACGAAAAUAAUAAAGAAAAAAGUCACAUCAUACGAAUUUCACAUUCCUACUCAUUCCUCAUCAAAUAUUUAAAAAGAGUAAUAUUUUGUAUAUGAAAAGGAAGGAAAAAUUUGAUUACCUACCAAAAAGAAAUUUUUAAUCGUCAUAUUUUUGGCUUGCCUACUUGAAGUGUAUGAUAAAAAUAAUCGAUCGGAAUUUAACGAGAAAGGAAAUCAAAUCACACAAAAAGUUCAUGGUUAAAAUAAUUGUUGAACAACCAAAACAUAUUUAAACUAGAGAGCAACUAAAAUUUUUAUUUGUAUCGUGUUGUAUUUUAUAUGAAUUAAAUAUACUAAAAUUUAAUAAAAUACUACUUAUAGGUAGUAGGGUGGUAUCAUCUGCUGUUAGCUAUUAAAUGUUUAACAAGAAAAUAAAAAUAAAUUUGAAAAGUUAAUAAAGCUAAGCUUAAAAGCUUCAUUUUAUUCGUAUUACUUACGCCGGUGAGAUCGCGUGUUGCUGCUCUGUCUAUUGAAUUUAUAAAUUCAGUCAGUCUGUCGUAUUCGCUAAAACUAAACUGUUCUUGUAAAAGGAAAAAUAAUUUUUUUGAAAAUAUUUUGUAAAAAUUGCACAAUAAUUUGCAUUAAAUUUGUAAAAUAAUUUUAUAUUUAGUGAGGCUUUAUACAUGAAUUCACUUAUUUAUACAUCAUUUAUGAAUUUUUAAAAAUAUUUUUUAUUAUUAUUUUGGUUUUGUUUGUUUUUUUUUGUAACGAAAGUAAUAAAAAUAAUAAUUACUAAGUGGUGCGGUUUGAAAAUACACAGUGUUCAAUUACGUUAAAUUUCAAACUGCUUAAAAUGAUUCAUGUUUAAAUUAAAAAAAAUUUAUUAAUUUGUUAUAUUUAUAUAAUAUAUUAAUACAUAAAUGUAUUAAUAAUAAUUGUUCUUUAACAAAACAACAAAACAAAAAAAAAAAAGUGAAAAUUUCAAAAAAAUUUACACAUUUACCUAUCUACCUAAAUAAAAAAAAUAUUUAAUCUUUAUAUAAACAAAAAAAAAUUAAGCACAUUCAACAUGAAUAUGGAUACCAGUAGUGUUACACCAAAUUAUUCUUAUAUAUUUAAUUUUGAGAAUGAUUUUGUUCAUUAUAAAACCCGGCUGUGGAUGAUUGAUAAUUGGACAUUAGUAUUUUAUUAUAGUGCUGCAUAUAUUAUGGUUAUAUUUGGUGUACAACAUUUUAUGAAAAAUCGACCAAAAUAUGAAUUAAGAGGAUUAUUAAUAUUAUGGAAUACAGCAUUAGCAAUGUUCAGUUUUAUGGGUUUUACACGCACAGCACCCGAAUUAAUUCAUGUAUUACGUAAUUAUGGUUUAUAUCAUUCAAUAUGUGUACCAACAUUUAUUGAACAAGAUCGUGUUAGUGGAUUUUGGACAUGGUUAUUUGUUUUAUCAAAAUUACCAGAAUUGGGUGAUACAAUAUUUAUUGUAUUAAGAAAACAACCAUUAAUAUUUUUACAUUGGUAUCAUCAUAUUACUGUUUUAAUGUAUUCAUGGUUUUCUUAUUCAGAGUAUACAGCAUCAGCACGUUGGUUUAUUGUUAUGAAUUAUUGUGUACAUUCCAUAAUGUAUUCAUAUUAUGCAUUAAAAGCAGCUAAAUUUCAACCACCACGUUUUAUUGCAAUGAUUAUAACAACAUUACAAUUAAUUCAAAUGAUUGUUGGUUGUACAAUUAAUGUAUGGGCUCGUGAUUUUCUACAAACACAUGGAAGACAAGCAUGUCAUAUAUCUACAACAAAUAUUAGAGUAUCACUAGUCAUGUAUUUCAGUUAUUUUAUAUUAUUUGCAAGAUUCUUCUAUAAAGCAUAUAUAUCACCAUCACCGUCCAAAAGGGAAAGCCAUAAAAAACACAUUUAUGAUCCGUCAUCAUCAAGAAUAGAAUCAACAAAAACCAAAGUAGAUUUUACAAAUAAUCUGGAUGCUACAACUGGAAAAGUAAAAGCUCAUUAAAUAUGAUAAAGUCUAAUUCUAAAUUAUUCAACCUAAUAUAUAUUAUAUUACAAUAUAUGUAUUAUGUAUAUUCAGAAAAUUUUAUUAAUAAUUAUUAUUAUUAUUUUUUUAAUAAUAAGAAAAAGUAGAAAUGGUUAAAAGUUUCUAGUUUUUGUUUUUCUUGAAGAAAAGAAUCAAAUAAACAGAAAAAAUAAAAAAAAAAAAUUAGUUAAAUUAGGUACUUAGCCUCAAAAUAAAAUUUAUUUAAAAAGUAAAUGCUUGGCCAUUACAAUAUUUUGCAAGUCAAAAAUAAGUAAAUGUACCUAGGUAAAAAAAAAAAACAAGUAAACUAUAUAUAUUACAUAGAUAUUAAUAUUUAUUUAAGAAAAAAAAACCAACCAGAACAAAUUUAUCGCAUUUUGAUAGAAAUUUAAUUCAAAAAUAAAAUAUGUAAAAAAUAUUUGAAAACACAUUAAAAGCAGAAGAAAAUGAAUACUGCCCCACUGCUCGACUAUUUGUGAGAAUAAUUAAUUGUUUAUUAUUAUAAAAGCGAAACGCAAAGAGCUAAUAAUCAAAUAAAUUGUAAUUUUUCUUUCCAUUUGCUAAAUUUAUUUUUAUACCCAGCAAGGUAUUUAUUUUUUUUUUAAUUUUCAUUAUGAAAAGUAGAAAUUUGGAACCGGUAAUUUAGAAAACAGGAAGAGUGUAGUUGUAUUCGUUUUUGGUUAUUUUCUUGUUCUACUUUAAUAAAGUCUGAGAUAUUGAUUAAAGUUUUCGCUUUUGCAAAAUGCUUCUGCUUCUAAUGUAUUAUUCAUUUUAAAAUUGAAAAUUUGAAAAAAAUAAAAAUACCACACUAUAAGAAAAAGGAAUUAAUUUAUGAUAAUAGUAAAAAAAUUAAUAAAAUGUUUCAAUUAUAUAUUAAUAUUAUAAAUGUAAAUUAUUUUUCAAAAAAAAAAAAAAAGAAAUGUUAAGAUAAAUUAUACUUACAUACAUAUUUAGUUUUUUGAUUGAUUCAAAUUUAAAAGAAAUCAAAAUUUCAAAAAAGAGAAAAAACAAAAAAAAAAACAAGAUUUAUUGACCUAAAAAUUUAAUUUAUAAAAAAAAAUUAGGUGUUAAGUAAAACAAAAAAAUAAUGUUACAAAAAAAUUUAUAUACAUACAACAUAUAUAUUAUAUAUUUGGGGAAAUAUUUGAUGAAAAAAAAAACAUAAAACACAAAGUAUUUUUUAUUAUUUGUUGGAAAAAAGGGAUACAAUGUAAAGCCUUCAUUAUAUUUUAUUUUGCUAGAUUUAAGUUAAAAAAAAAUGAGAACGAAAUACAAUGUAAUUCAUUCAGUUGGAUAAUAUUCAAUAUUACGGUUAUAGUUUAUAAUGGGAUAAUAUUAAAACGUUUGUUGUCAAAAAUUUUUAUUAAAAAUAAGUUGGCAUACUGUGGAUUAUCGAUCGUAUCCAAAUUAAUGGGAAAUUGCUCCUAAUUAUAAGUGUAUCUACAUUAUAUCUACAAUAUGAAACAACAGCAUCUAAUGUGACAACAAGUCAUAAUUGUGUAACCUAUUCACGUAACAAACUCUCCUAUUUUCUGUCAUUCAAUUCAUAGAGUUGUUUAAAAUUUAUAAAAAAAUUUAAGUUAACAAUUAUUCUUUCAUUUAUUUGAUUUCAUAUCUCAAUCUCAUUAAUUCCUGCUAUAAAAAAUUAAAAAAAUUAAUCAAAAUGACAAAAUUUAAAUCAUGUUUUUGUUUCUUUUUUUAUAUCAUGUUUUGUUUUUAAUUAUAUUUGAUUGUAUAUAUAUAUAUUGUACCGGAAGAUAAUGAACUUUUUAGGUAAAUAAAUUGACAUGAAAACUAAAAAUACAAAUAAAGCAUUAAUUAUGCACGUUUUGCAAUUGAAUCUAGAUAAUGUAGGUAUCUAUUUUUUGCUAAAAAUUAUCCCAAAAUACACACUCUUACCGUAAUAUAUAUAUAUAUAUAUAUAUAUUUAUAAUAUAGACGCUUUAUAUAGAAAAACAUGAAAUGAUUAAGGAAUACGGCUAUGUACAUAUACGUAAAAGAAAAAAAAGAAAAAAAAAAAAACAAAGAAAAUUAUUUAAUAAAAAGAAAAAAAAUUUACAAAAUAUUUAAAGUAGAACGAAACCAAAAUAAACAAAUUUUUAAAAUUAUAUUAAUAUUUAAAUUAAUAAAUUAUUUUCAUUACUAUUUUUUUUUUUAUAAAUAAAAUUGUAAGCAAAAUAAAUUCAUUCAUAUAUAAAAUAUCAUUGUAAACAGCAUAUAUUUUAAUUUAUUAGAUUAUUUUAAUGAUUAUCCGAAAUUUUCUUAUUAUCAGCUAAUUAAUAUUCAUAUUUAACUUAAAUAUUCUAUAGAUUAUUUAGUUUUCAAGAAUUAAUUUCCAUAUAAUAUUUUAUUAAAUAAAUAUUUUUUAUACAUAUGCAAAAACUAAGAAGAAAAGUGAUCGAGUAUUAAGAAUUAUAUUAUUUCAUGUAAUAAGUAUAACAAAAUAUUAAAAUCAUAUUUUAAUAUGCAUUUCUUUACUUGUCAUUAAAUAAAUUAAUAAUUUUUUAUCCCAUUAAUAUGAGAUUAACUUUGAAUUUAAUAUGAAUUUCUAAUGGCUGUAAUAAGACGUUUUUGUAAUACAAUUUCUUUAACAACCUCAUAUCCUUUCAAAGAAUAGAGUAGUAAGAAACGAUACAAUAUUGUGCAUUUAAAUAUUUUCGUAUAUAUGUACAUAUUUUUAAAAAACAUAUAUAUUUGUACUAUUAAAUAUUUAAAAAAAAAAUUAAUAAGUAUUUAAAAUUUUCGUAAAAUUCAACAUCACCAAUCAAUGGAUAUAAAAUUGUUUUCCCUUUACAAUUAUUUAUUAUAUUGUAUAAGUAAGGUUAAAUUUAAAUAAUGAUUCCUAAUUUUUAUCAUAAAAAGAAAAAACUUUAUCAUUCCAAAAUAAUAAAUGAAAAUUAAUAUUUUUAUAAAAUAUUUUUCACUGUUGUAAAAAAUUUAGUGAUGAAAAAUACUUAGAAAUAUUUUUUUUUUUGUAAUUUAAGAUUAUUUGUUAUUAACUUGAAAGAAAAUAUUAAUUUGUUAAUUGCCUACAUACUGAAUGAAUUUAAAACAUAUUGUAGUUUGUUUUAGGACGAAUGAAUUUAUUUUGCUUUAAAUAUCGUUUUCCAAAAUAGAAAUAUUUUCAAGUUUUAAAAGACUCCUGUUGUAUUUUUUCAGUUUUUCUUUUCAUUAAUUAUAAAAUACAUAAAUAUGUUACGAUACAUUUUUAUUUUUAAGAAACGAAAACAAAAAUUAUUGAAUUCAACCACUAUUAUUUAGAGAUCCAAGAAAAAAAGAAUAAAAACGAUUUGUGAAAGCAGAAACAUUUAAAAUGAAAAAAAAAAUAAGAAAACAAGAAAAAUACACUUUUAGAAAAAGAAAAGAAAGUAAAGAUAAUAAAAAGUAAAAAAAAUUGAUCAAAUUAAAAA